AUGCUGCGCAGCUGUCUUGAACCUUUCCAGUGUUUGCGGCAAAAACCGUCUACAACGGCCCGUGAACUUCCAUCAGAAGCAACAGAGCUUGUUAGUGCACAGAAGCCACAAGAUUAUGCCCCGUCAAGAAUAUCGUCUGAAAAAACAACUGAGAUCAUGAUUAAACGUACAAUGGAAAGGACUGUGACGGAAGAAGAUCUUCACACGGCUGAGCCAGUUAGAACACCAGCUGGUUUGGAAGAUGCCGGAUGUAAAACUGCUUCUUUGCCGGAACCAGUGAGUACAUGUUGUACCUUCCGCCGCUGCUUGAGUUACGCGGUGACUUUUGUCGCAUUGGGGACCAACGACUGA